AUUUCCAUUCGUCACGCCAGUGUUGUCAACCACAGGUCCCGAGAUAUCAAAAUAGUUGCACAGCAUGAUUCACCCCGAUCAAGUCGCCGAGAUGCUCUACCCGGCCUUAACAACCUCCAAGCCGGGACCGAUCCCCACGGUCAUCCCCAACCCAACCCACUACCAACUCUCGAGCGAGACGGCGCACCGCACGCUGUGGGUGCUCUUCGCGGCCAUGACGCUGUUCUCGGCGGUCUUCGCGCUGCUGUCGUGGAACGUGCCCGUGUCGAAGCGGGUGUACCACGUGACGACGACGGCGGUGACGCUGGCGUCGGCGCUGGCCUACUUCGGCAUGGCGGCGGGCCACGCGUCCUCGCUCAGCUGCCACGCCGUGCGCGACCGCCACGGCCACGGCCUGCCCGACACCUUCCACGACGAGUGCCGCCAGGUCUACUGGGCCCGCUACGUCGACUGGGUCCUGACCACCCCGCUCGUGCUGCUCAACCUGUGUCUGUUGGCUGGUGUGGAUGGUGCCCAUACCCUCAUGGCCUUGAUUGCCAAUGUUGUGAUGGUGCUGGCGGGCUUGUUUGCGGCGUAUGGUGCUGAGGGCACUGCCCAGAAGUGGGGGUGGUUUGUGAUUGCGUGCCUCGGCUACGUGUUCGUCGUGUGGCAUGUCGGCCUGCACGGCACGCGCGCCGUCCAGAACAAGGCGGCCCGCGUGUCCAAGCUGUGGGCGUCGUUGGCCAUCUACACGCUGGCUCUGUGGGCGGCGUACCCGAUUGUCUGGGGUGUUGCGGCUCUCGCUCGCAAGACUAACGUCGAUACCGAGGUUGUCAUCUAUGCCGUGUUAGACGUGCUGGCCAAGCCCAUCUUUGGUCUCUGGCUGCUCGUGAGCCACCGCGCCAUUGCGGAGACCAACAUUGAACUCGGAGGCUACUGGUCGCAAGGCCUACCUGCUGAGGGAAGAAUCCGCAUUGGAGAGGAAGACUAAAUUGGCGAUUCAGCUUGUCACAAGUAACUUAGGGCCGUCGGAGGGGGUUGUUAGUGCGGGGUGUGGGAACGGUGUGGGAACCAAAAAACGAUUAGCAGUGGUCGAACCAGCAGCACGGUCAAGGAGCAAAGGUUUGCAUAAUGGCGCAAUACUGGUCUUGAGGAAGGCAUGCUGGGUAUCAAAUUAGUACCAGUAAUUUGACAUGCGAAAGUAAUAAUUACUUGGCUGGCGGGGGAGCCGUAAUUAGGAGUCGGAUCAAA